AUGUGCUCCACGUCAAGGUGGCUUAAUCCCCUCAACCCGCCCCAACCCGCCCCCAUCCGCGCUACAGUGCACUCCGAGUCUCCUUUAAGGCCAUGUCUUCGGGUAUUUGAAGGAAUUAACGGCGUCGCCACCAUUUCCUCCUUAAAGUCACAAGCAGGCAAAGAUUCUGUCUCCUACUCCCUCGUGAUCUCCGGAACCGCCUCUCCCCCUAUACACUCCAGCCUCGUUAUAGGCAACCCCUUGACAAGUGGUAUAUGGAGUCUGGGCGGCGGACAGCUAGCAGACAAGGGCGGCCACUGGGACAUGGAUUAA